AUGAACGACGAAAAGCCAGGGACGCCCGCAGCGGCGGUCGUGGACGACCAGGCCAUCAACGAGCGGUAUGCCGAUGAGACCUUGCGCUUCGUGGAGCAGUACGGCGAUGCGGUUGACCGGCUUGGUCCGCAGGAGGAGCGCAGGCUCGUGUGGAAGCUCCAUUGGAGGAUCAUGCUGCUCUUGAGCGUCACGAAUUUGCUGUUGUUUAUCGAUAAAGCUACUCUAUCAUACGCAUCGCUGCUGGGAAUCUUCGAAGAGACCGGACUCACACAAUCCGAAUACAACAAUCUUAACACUAUUUUCUACGUUGGAUACAUCGUCGCCCAACUGCCUGGCCACUAUCUGAUGCAGCGUCUCCCUCUCGGAAAGUUCGUUGGUGGCGCCAUCUUUUUCUGGUCCCUCCUUAUAUUCCUUCACGAUACCGCCCAUAACUACGGCGGAUUCAUCCCGCUGCGAUUCUUUUUGGGAGUUGUUGAAUCCUGCGUGGUGCCCGCCAUGGAAAUGACAAUGGGCAUGUUUUUCAUUCCGAAAGAGCAGGCGGCGUUGCAACCAAUCUUCUGGAUCUCCUGCUUGGGCUCUGGCAUUCCCGCAGGAUUCAUUUCAUACGGUCUCUUGUUCACCAAGAGCACCAUCCGGCCCUGGAAGUUCUUCAUGAUCUUGACCGGUGGCCUAAGUUUAUUCUUGUCCAUUUAUUGCUGGUUCUUCUACCCCAGCAACCCAGUGGAUGCCAAAUUCCUCACGCCACAGGAAAAAAUCCACGUCAUUCGCCGGGUGCAAGAAUCCACUAAAAGCUCCAUUGAGCAGAAACAGUUCAAAAAAUCACAGUUUACAGAGACCAUUAAGGACCCGAUCUCUUGGCUCUUUCUCCUACAGGUGUUCACCCUGAUGCUCUCCAACAGUCUGACCUACCAACAAACACUUUUGUUCUUGGCCAUUGGCGUGUCCGAUCUCGGAUCGACCUUGGUUAGUGUCGCAGGAGCCGGUUUUGCCGUCGCCUGCGCUGUCGUCGCCUAUUUCUUGCUGAGGUGGUUUCCCAACAAGAAUGCAUGGUGGGCUCUGUUUUGGAUGUUGCCCGCUAUCGCCGGCGGUAUUGGCAUGGUCGCGGUGGAUUGGAACAAAAAGAUUGGCCUGUUGGCUUGCCUCACUUUGGCUGCCAACACUUGGGGCAUCUCUUACAUUAUCGCCCUGGGUUGGACAUCGUCCAGUGCAGCCGGCUACACCAAGAAACUGUUGCGUAAUGUUCUAUUCAUGGCCGGAUACGGCAUUGCCAAUAUCAUCUCGCCCCAGAUCUGGGUAGAGAAAGACGGCCCUCGAUUCUACGGGGCGUGGAUCGCCCAGAUUGUCAUCAGCUGGGCGUUCAGCCCUCUCAUUCUUUUUGUCAUCAGAUGGAUUCUCGUGAGACGCAACAAGGAGCGUCGAGCAUGGAUCGCCGAACAGGAAGCCCAGGGCAAGUCGCCCGUCGGCUUUGUCGAGCAAAUUGACGAUGAUGGGCAGGUGGUGAAGGUCCAGGUGGAUAUUUCGCAGUUGGAUCUGACGGACCUGGAGAACAAAUACUUUAUAUACCCCUUGUAA